ACCUCACAAGUUGCAUCAGUACGUGGUCACCCAGCAAAGUGCGACAAAACCUUGAAAGUUACUCUUCUGGCCAGUGAGUGGAAUUCAUCAAGGGGGGGUUUGUCCACCAUCAACAGACACCUUGCCAUCCUUAUGGCUAAACGUAGCGAGGUGCAAGUCACUCUCUUGGUCCCACAAUUUGCUUGUUCUGAAGAAGAGAAGAGAGCUGCAGAAAGUCACAAGAUUGUCAUCAAAGAAGCAGAGAGACGUCCAGCCUAUGACCCUCUUGACUGGUUGAGCUUCCCUCCGGAAGACCUGAUAAUUGACGUGGUUGUGGGUCAUGGAGCUAAGUUAGGUAAGCAAGCCCAAAUCAUCAGGAAGUACCAUAGUUGCCAGUGGGUACAAGUAGUGCAUACUGCGCCUGAAGAGCUCGGAAUGUUCAAAAACUAUCCGAGAGCCAUUGCCAGAGGAGAAGAGAAGACUACAGCCGAAGUAGAUUUGUGUAAAUUGGCAAAUCUAGUUGUUCCGGUGGGACCCAAGUUGACGGAGGCCUACUCUGCCUAUCUUCGCUCAUGUGGAAAGCAGCAAGAUAUUAUGUCGUUCACUCCUGGUACAUUCAAAGAGUUUUCUACUCUAAAUCAAGCCUCAGUUGACUCUGAAAAGUUUAGGGUGUUGACCUUUGGUCGUGGUGACCCUGAGGACUUCGGUCUUAAAGGGUAUGAUAUCGCUGCUAAAGCAGUGGUUGAGCUGAAAGACAACUCCUACCAUUUGAUCUUUGUGGGUGCACCUGAUGACAAACAGGAGGCAGUUACGGAAAAUUUGUUGCAGAAUGGUAUUUCUAAACGUCAGCUGACAGUGAGAAGGUUUUUGCAAAGCAAAGAGAAAUUGAAAGAUUGUUUUUGUGAAGUUGAUCUCUGUAUCAUGCCAUCCCGCACGGAAGGGUUCGGCUUAACCGCGUUGGAAGCCUUGUCAGCUGGUCUUCCCGUUCUUGUAAGUGGAAACUCAGGUUUCGGAGACGCUCUGCGCUCUGUACCAUCCGGCAAAUCUUUUGUGGUUGAUUCUGAGGACCCCAAGGUGUGGGCUGAGGCAAUUGCUGUUGUCCGAAAGAAGAAGAGACCAGAGCGUCUUAAAGAGAUUGAACGACUGAGAGCAUCUUAUGAGGAGCAGUUCAGCUGGAAGAAACAAUGUGACCUUCUUGUUGAUAAGAUGUGGGACAAAGUUGAUGGCGCAGGGCUGCUUGAACGAACUAUUCAGAAUCUUCAGCGGAUGCAACUCUGCGCAAGCACGGUUAACAACAGCACUACCUUGACAGAAGAGUUAACGACGAUUGUAUCAGAUAAGGGCCUCAGAAUUUCUGACAAUCAAGGGUCAGGAAACUGUAUGUUCCAUGCCUUGUCAGAACAACUAGAAAUCGUAAAAGGAAUCAAAAUCCAACAUGGCCAGUUGAGACAGUCUUUAGUUCAGUACCUCAUGGAAAACCCAAAACUGCCGGAUGGAACAGAUCUGUUUCACUUUGUCCAUGGCCAUGAAACAUGGGCUGAUUACUUAGCAUAUAUGGAACAAGAUGGCGCUUGGGGUGAUCACCUCAUUCUCUGUACAGCAGCAAAUCUCUUUAAAACGUGCAUUCAUGUGGUCAGCAGUCUAGACAAUGAUGUAGACAUCAGGCCACAUGAUCCUGUUGAUGAAAGCAAGCCACUAGUACUGGGACAUAUUCAUGAGGUACACUAUGUCAGUCUUCAACCCAUACAAGGCUGAAAUAAAGUUUUUCGGCGCCUAUGACUACAGACCAGGAAACAUUUACGAAGAAAGAGAACGCAACCAGAGAAAACUGCGAAAUUUUAGGAACUUCUCUAACGAAACUCUAUUUUAAGCUGAAAAAGUAAGCUUUAGAUGAAACAUAGCUUUUUAGAGGUCGCAGGUUUUUCGGUUUGGAUGAGCUUAAGUCACUGAAUCGCUAUCGAGUUUUCGUGGUUUGAUUGAAAUUUUGAUAUGGAAUAAUUCUUAACUGAUUGUAGAAAGUAAUCCCGUACUGCUUUGGUUUUCUUUAUUUCGGUCUGUGAUUGGUCUAGAAACUCUCACAACGUGUGAAACAAAGUACACGCCAAACAAAAGAGAAUCGUGACUGGUCGUUUUCCCCAAUUUUAGUUGUUGGCCUGUAUUUCCUUUAAAACCUCAUUGGCUAAUAACGAUGCAAAAGUUCGUUAUUAUUGGCUGUUGUAAUUACUUUGAUUUUUGCCGGCCAAUUGAAAAUUGCUCCGAGAAAAAACAAUGAAUUGCGUAUCUUUGUUCAGCAAUUAUGGAACAUCACUCAUCCAGGAUAUUCUUAUAUCUUAUUGGUGCCAUUGUACUUUGGAUGUUCCCGUUGUGUGUUGACUUUUACAAGCUGAAAUUGACGGUGUGCUUUACAUUGAAGUGCUUGGAGUGACUCACGAAAUUUAUUUUUUUGCUUAUCAUUUGCCUUUAUUACAUAUUAAAAGAAGAACAAAGCUAAUCUGCAUAGAUAAUACAUGGGAAAUAUAAAAUAGGAAAAGGAAAGGCGAGGAAGUCCGGAAAAGCCAUGAAGGCUUAUAGGUGAGGCUCCCUCUUGAAAUUAGAGUUUAAGUUAAAGUAGAAUGUAGAACGUAAUUUAACAAGUGUAAAGUACGAAUUACGGAAGUCGUGGAACGCAGUACCAUGGUGGUUGUCGAUCACUUUUGCUAUCAGCCUUGGAAAAUAACCCCAGUGCCCUGGGGAACCUUUCGAACUCCUCACCUUGAGAGACUUAAGGCAGGCAAUGCUAUCAUGAGUAUGAUGUUUGAGUCUACUGCCAUAAUACUCUGUUAACUGUCUGUUAUUAUUUACUCAAUUUAUUUACUUAUAAGGCGAUUCCUUUUGAAACUUGCCAAUGAAGUCUGCCAUUUAGACCUCAGUUCCACUGGUGAUUGAGUGGUUUUUCACAAGUGUGUCUCUUGCUAUUGAAACACGUUAUCAGAAUGUGCCAGUUAUGGCUGUUUGGCGAAGACAUUGGAAGAGACAUGUCUCAGUGGCAUUGUUAAUGCGAUUCCAGUAGCUCUGUGGUCUAGUGGUAACCAGUUAGAUGCUAUAUAUUAUCAAUUUAGCAAGGAUCUACCACCCAUAUAAGAUCUUUCCUGCAAAAUCCCCCUUUCUUGAAAUCGGAGAUGUUUGACAACCGAGUUUAAGACUACGUAGAAGUCUGCUAAGUGUCCAACGUAGGCUUUUAGUUAGAUGCAUUAAAGGAUUUGAAUGAAAAUUUCCGAUUGUUAAUUCAUUAUCAAAUAAAAAUUCAAUCGACCUUUGUCUUCAUAUACAUUUGUAAAAGCAAGCAUUAAAAUCGAGUAUUUGUAGAGUAUCACAGUUUUGUACUGCACUAUAUGUUGAAAAAGAUAAAUAGACUAUGAAA